GCGGCUGGACGGGGGCGGCGGCUUCCUGGAGACCGCAGGUGUGGGAGCGGACGCCGCGCCUCGAGUGGGACCCGCUGGGGAAGCCGCAGGAUGAAUGUGGGGGUGGCACACAGCGAAGUAAACCCUAACACUCGCGUGAUGAAUAGCCGGGGCAUCUGGCUGGCCUACAUCAUCUUGGUAGGACUGCUGCAUGUGGUUCUACUCAGCAUCCCCUUCUUCAGCAUACCUGUUGUCUGGACCCUGACCAACGUCAUCCAUAACUUGGCUAUGUAUGUCUUCUUACAUACAGUGAAAGGGACACCCUUUGAGACCCCUGACCAAGGGAAGGCUCGGCUACUGACACACUGGGAACAGAUGGACUACGGGCUCCAAUUUACCUCUUCCCGCAAAUUCCUCAGCAUCUCUCCUAUUGUACUCUACCUCCUGGCCAGCUUCUACACCAAGUAUGAUGCUGCUCACUUCAUCAUCAACACAGCCUCAUUGCUUAGCGUACUGCUGCCUAAGUUACCCCAAUUCCAUGGGGUUCGUCUCUUUGGCAUCAACAAAUACUGAGGGACAGGGCUGGGGAUAACACUGGACCAAAGGGCUAGAACAUCCUUUCCUUCUCCGUAUUGUCUUCUGUAUCUUGAAAGCCUGAGAACUAUAUAACCUUUCCCCAACUCCAGGAAGAGAACAGAUUGGAAAAUGGGGCUCCCGGGGCCCAGCCCUAAGAGCAGAUUUUUUUGAAUCAGGAAAGGUGGGAAAGAUAAGGGCUCAAUCACUCUCCUUCACAGCAGGAAGCCAUGUUUAAACAGCUCGUUUGGUAACCGAGCAGCUUGUUUUGUGAUUUUUUUCUAGAUCUUCUACCGACACCACUUUCCAGCUGUUUUGCUGUGUAUUUUCCUUAUAAUAAAGAUACUUUUUUUUUUUUCUUUCCAGAUAUGGCUACAGUUUGGUCAGCAGGAAGGGUAGGGAAAUGUCCUUAUAAGGCUAGGGAAGAAACAAGGAAUAGCAACUUACUGUAUAAAACUUCUCUAAGGUAUUUUUUAUCCCCUCUCCCUUGGUCCUGUAGGAGGUGCCCUUCAUUCUCAGCUAACACUUAGUAGGAAAAGGAUGCUCAAGUGAGAAAAAGGGCUCCAGCUAUAUGGGCAAAGAAGAGAGGGAAGAUACAGGUUGCCAGUUAUAUAUUUAUAGAAAGAUAAUCCCCUGGCUUUAAAUAGAUAUAUACAUACAAAUAUGAACAAACUUAAAAAAAAUACAAACCCUUGGAUCAUAAGGGGGCUUCUGGGAGCCCCUUUAUCCUUCCCCCUCACCCAAGGGCAGAGGGCAUGAGUCUGCUUUUUAAAAAUUAUUAGUUUUGGCCAUCCCUGCAGCAACAAGCAUGAAGUUGGGUGAUUACCCACAAGGUGAAUGUCAGAGGAAAAAUUCAGAGUUCCCACUCUGAACUCUGUAUAUUCUCCUAUAAUUAGGGCUACAUGCUUCUUGUUCUGUCUUUUAACUAGUAUGUUGGCAUAAAGGAGGGGCCUCCCUCCUGAAAUGGUUCAAAAAAUAAGAUAGACUUGUAGUUUAAAAAGAAGGGGAAAAGUGUCAUCUGCUCUAGAAGCAAAAGACAAAGGCAUACAGACCCCAGGGAAAUACCCAGUUCCCACACAACCAUGGGAGAUACUGUCCAGCCCAGGUCCAGGCUCUAGGUUCUUUGCUCUAGCCACCCCCUAUUUCUUUGGUAUUGUCAGAAGACAAGAUUCAGUUCCUAGGUGCUGGUGGGAGAGGGAAAGUGGUUCCGGGGCUUCCUACAAGUACUGAGUGAACAAUUUGAGCUUAAAAUUUUCCCUUUUUUAAAUAUUUAAAAAUAAACAAUCAAAACUCCA